UAAAAUAACGGAAGCGUCGUCACACUUUCAUUUAGGAGUUUACUUAACAGAUUUCUGCUUUAUUUUAUGGAGAGCAGAGGUUUGUUUGUUUACAGGUGCUGGUGAGAGCUCUCUGCUGCCAUGUCUCUGUUUGCCUGUGAGGAUCCAGCCACAUGGAGGGGUGUGUACGGGAAAUACUGGGAUGUAGUGGAAGCCAGAUCCAAAGGCAAGAAACCCGGAAAACUGCUGAACCUUGAACAGUGGUACCAAGAGGAGCUGCCUACCCUCAUUUCAAGUCGACCUGACAAAUUUGUCACUCAGUCAGAGCUGGUGAAGCUGAUGGAGUGGAAGCUCACUAGAGGGAAGUUCAGGCCGAGGCUGCAGCAGCUGGUGGCGUCCAACAGUGAGGACACCGUUGAGAAAUGUUCCAGAAAGGCCUUCAGCCUCCUGCCUGAUGUGCAAGCAGCGAUCGCAGAGCUCAGCUCCCUGAAAGGAGUCGGCCCGGCCACCGCUUCAGCUGUGUUGGCGGCAGGAGCUCCAGAACAGGCUGCAUUCAUGUCAGACGAAGCCAUGGAGAGUGUACCGGGACUGAAGCCCAUCCAGUACACAGCCAAACACUACACUCUCUACCUGGGCAAGAUGGUCGAGUGCACUGAAAAACUAAACAAAGUGGAUCCCCAGCAGGACUGGACGCCCCACAGACUGGAGCUGUGUUUGUGGGCGUUUACCACAGCCAAACAGCAGCAGCUCCCACUUCUAAAGGACGUUGAUGUGAAGGCCGGCAGUGUGGCGGAAAAGUGCUCCGACGCUGACCAGAGACCAACGAAGAAGCUCAAAACAAGAUAGAAAAUAUUGCACAGUAUUUUUGACAUUAAAUAUGCUUUAAUAUGUGGUGUUUUUUUUGUAUUUUUCCAAUAUAAUAAAGCCUUUUUAUCAGAGA